GGCUAUCAUUGUGCUUUGAGUUCUCGGUUUUACAGUCAUGGCCGGGCUCAUGAUUCGUUCUCUUGUAUUGCUCUUCUAGGCCCCAUUGGACAUCUAGCAACCUGUACUUUCUUACUAUUUCUUUCAUUCCCAUGACAAACCACUUGAUGAUCCGCUACUUACUAUCUUGUCCCGUUCCGUUGCUCUGUUUUCCGGCAGAUAGAUCCAUUAACUGCCGGCGCCUCACAGUUUCCCGUGUCUCCUUCCACCCGACUCUUCGGGUCAGCAUCAAGCCACCGAGGGGUGGACAGCCCAAUGUGGAAAUCGCUACCCCAGAGGGCCUUCCGGUUGGUCACCCACUACCCAGAGGACCGUUACAGUUCCCGAAGGCGCGGACUCGGUUCCUCCCCAUGGUCGUUCUUUGUUCCAGCCCGCUCAUCUUCAAAGCCAUUCAGCCAGCCUGGCGCAUGGCCGACUUCCUGUAUGGUUCACUUGCCGAGCACUUGCCUCAGUGGACAAAGACUCGACAAUGGGCCCCUUGUUGGCAAGGCAAACUGUGUCUCAAAGACAACAGGAAGGAGUCUACUUCUAGAAGACGGUCAGGACCCUAAGCUUAAUAUGCCGUUCCGUCCGACAGCGAAAUCCCGAAUUCGAUUUCUCAACCAUAAAGCACUUCAACAACAAGAAUUCACAUGUAUUGUAAUC